UCAAUCAGUUCAUAAACAAAAGCCCACUGGGCCAUUUCGUACAAUUCCACAAUCAACAAAACUCAUCUUCCAAAAUCUCCCCUUUUCUAAUUUCUCAGUCGCAAUUCGCAAAACAAUAAUUCAGACUUCGAACUCUCAAAACAUAAAACUUUUCAAAAAGGUUAAGCAACAACAAUGGCGGCAGCAGAUGUAGAAGCAGUCGAUUUCGAGCCUGAAGAAGACGAUCUCAUGGAUGAAGAUGGACUUGCUGCUGAAGAAGCUCCUCAUCCUAAGCUCAAAUCCGCCAUUACUGGCGCUGGAGGUGACUCUUCUGGCUUCACCGCGAAGAAAACUAAAGGUCGUGGUUUCCGUGAGGACGACGCUGACCGUAAUAGCCGUUUGACUGCUCGUGAAUUUGAAUCUCUUGAUUCCGAUGGCGGUCCUGGCCCCGCUCGCUCAAUCGAGGGCUGGAUUAUACUUGUCACAGGAGUUCAUGAAGAGGCUCAAGAAGAGGAUCUCCAUAAUGUCUUUGGAGAGUUCGGUCAGCUUAAGAACCUCCAUUUGAAUCUGGAUCGUCGUACUGGAUUUGUCAAGGGUUAUGCACUGAUUGAGUAUGAGAAAUUUGAAGAAGCACAGGCUGCAAUAAAGGAGAUGAAUGGAGCUAAAUUGCUUGAACAGCCAAUAAAUGUUGAUUGGGCUUUCUGCAACGGGCCUUACAACAGGAGAAGGGGGAAUCGGAGAAGAUCACCACGUGGACAAAGAUCAAGGAGUCCAAGAAGAAGAUUUUAAAUCAUUUAGUUGCUUGUGGAAGUUGUGGAUACCUUAUCCUGAUUUCGAGUUGAAAGUGUGUGCUGGAGCUACUUUCUUUUUGCCAAGAUAGUGAGGCAUUGGGCUAAUCUUUGGGUUUGUAUUAGUUUGUUGAUACAUAUAAGCUUUCUUUUAAAAAUGAACCCUAACUUUUGGAAGAGUGGCGUUUGGACAACAUUCUAUCCCUGUUGAGUGUACACUACCUUUAUUGUAUUAUUUAGGUUUAGCUAUUUGACAAAUACUUUUUAACUUGUGGAUUUUGUAUUGUUUCUCCUCCCCAAAUCUAGGACUCUCAGCUUAUUGCUCCUUCACCCUAUUCAUGGCUCACGAGUUUCAUAUCAUGGUCUCUAUUGCACUCCUUGUGGGAUGAAGAACUUACUCUUACAACGUUACGUCAAAUCGCUCUAUCAUUUUCCUCGCUCGACUAUUCAAAAAUGUUAGAAAUUAUGAUAGAAAAGCAUGUUUUGAUGAACGAUAGAGUAUAGACAUUAAAAAAAUGCAAUUAUGUAUUCAAAUAAGCAAGUAAACAAGAAUUAGAAAGACCUUCAUGUAGAAAAUUCUUUGUACUUUUUCACUAUAUUUGGUAUUACAUGAAUUAAAUCGAAGGAAGAACUUGUAAUAAAAUUACUGAAUCAAGAUCUAUGGUUCUACGCUUCUACUCGAGUUACAUUCUUUUUUGGAAAUUUGAAACAGGUGCAAACACAAGCUUUAAUAUAUCUAACUUUAAUACGGUUCGAUGAAAUUUUAAUUUUACCCAUACAUAUUACACUAAAUACAAUAUUCUUUACGUGUGUCUAAGUUUGCACCAUAUAAUCAAAAAUAUAAUCAAAAAUUUCACGGAUAUUUGAAACUAACGUUCUAACACAAUGUAUUUCUUGCCAAUAUAGUAUCAUUGCCGUUGUACAACACAAGAAUCUUCCAAAAAUGGGAUUUGCAAACUUAAGCACGAACAUUCUAGAACAGUGUAUUUCUGUUAAGCAUCAACUGCAAACUCCAUUCUUUCAUAUUAAUAUCACUAAUUAUAUCUCUAUAAACUUUUUUCUUUAGCUCAUAAAACCCAAAUUUUUGUUCCCCAAUCUUCAUCAAAAUUUUUCCUUCACAUUCACUUUCACAAUCAUUACCAUAAAUUUUAGGCAAGUGACCCAAAAUUCUUACAUCAUGAUGAUCAAUACCCAUAAGAUCAAUCCUAUAUUUCUUCACCCAAUGAUUUGGAAAACCUUCAUUUUCAUUCAUCAUCAUCCAUACAUCCAUAUUUGAUUCCCAUGGUAAUCUAUCAGUCAAACAUAAUUUAUCAUUAAUCUCCACCAAUUCCAAGCAUUCAACUGAUCUAUCCGAAUAAGUUUUUGGGAAAGAAACCAUCCCAAAAAUCUCCAUACCCAAAUCAAAAGACAUGAUCUUUAUACCAUUUGGGUUGUAUUUUUUUUCUCCAAUUAACCAAUAAAAUUUCCCAUCAACAUAUGCAUAAUUUUUCCUACCAAGAACAUCAUUAUAUGGGGAUUCUCCAAUAAAUUUCCAAUCUUUUUGAGAAUCAAAACUAGGUUUUGUCAAAAUCUCACACAUUACCUCUUGCAUUUGACAAUAAUGGAAAUUGUCAAAAGUCUCAAUGGUGUAAAAAUGAAGAAGCUUGAAACCCUUUCGAAACAUCCCAAAUGCCCAACUGAAAGUGCAAUUGAAAUAUCUUGAAUUAGGGAUUUUAGAUAGUUUUUUGAUGAUGGGAUCAUAGAAAAAUACAUGGGUUUUUGAUAAUAAACAAAGUAUUCCAUUGCAGGUUAAGAUAUUAGUAAUUAAAGGUUGAUCAAAAUUAUUGGUAAGCAUUUGACUUACUUGGGUUCCAUCAAUAUAGCAAGAAGAGAAUUGGGUUGAAGAAUUUUCAUUGAUCUGAACUUGUUUAGUGAACAGCAAAAUUGGGUUUAUUCUGUGUUUUUGAUGGUAAAAACCUCUGAAUUCUGGGUUUUGAUGUAUGUUAAGCCUCCAUUUCUUACAAACAAUGGUUAAUUGAGUAAGUUUUUUCAAUGGAAUCCUUGAAAAAAUGUCAAAGAUUAUGUCUUUUGGUAAGGUAUUGAAUUGCACUACUUUAUCUGGUGGUUCUUUUUCCAUUGAUUGAUUGAGAAACAAAAAGAGAAAGGAAGAAGAUGAUGAUUGUGGAUGAAUUUUUUUCUUUUCUUUUCUUGAAAAUAAUUGUGGAUUAAAUAUUGUCUUUUUGUGGGUAUUUUUCAGCAAAUCUGAAAAAGUCUGAAUUUAUUGAGAAUUUUUAAAAGGGAAGUUGAGUAGGAAAAUAGUACUCCAUAAUAUAAAAGGUUUAAGCUUGACUUGUGAGAAAGAACAAAGAAGUUCCAAAGCUAGUUUCUUAUUGGUUUGGUUUUCCCUUGAUUCAUUGACAUCAAAUGCUGUUGUGAGAUAUGGUUUCUCAAUGAAACGAUCUUUAAAUAAAGAGUUUAUAUGCUAAUAAUUAUAUUAAUUGGGCUAUUCAACUCAUGUAUAAGAAACGUCUCCGGUAAAAUCGUAUCACACUAAAAUUUAUGAUAAAAUAAUUAAAGAAGAUAACUCUUGACUACACGUAAUAAAUAAAGCUUUGCAAUUAUGUAUUUAAUAAUUGUUUUUUUUGGAUAAGAGUUUUGAGACAUGCACUUUCUUUUCCCUUGGAAGUUAAAGUUACUUUGGAGUACUUUCAUGGUGAAAUGUGGCAAUGUCGUACGGUAUAUGAUGCAUAUUAAGUGUAUCGUUAACUUAUUUUAUUUGUUCCUUCCUCAUUAUUUAACACUUAAUUUGUUCUUGUAUCAUACUAUGUGAAAUGUGAAUGUUUUAUUUGUCCUUGUAAUUCAUUUAGUGAUUAGUAUUGAUGCUUCAACUACUUAUCGCUUGUUCGAUGACACAAGGUAGCCGUGGGGUAGCCGUUAACGGUCUAAAUAAGUGUUAACUAUGCCCGUGUGUAAAUCUAACCAUAGUGCAAAAAUACGGUUUCGGUCAUGGUUGCGGUAACGGUCAAGAAACGGAUUUCACGGCCAAUACGGAUGACUUUGUGGUGAAUGUGGUCUAGAUUUCAGUCACGGUAAACUUAAAAACUUUUACAAUACGAACACAACACGGUGAUGCGGCCUUGUUUAUGCACUAGAUAGUUGUUAGCUAUUCAAUUGUGAAAAUUAUUACUGUUUGGUAAAAGGUGUGCUUAUGGUAGUUAUUGGAAUAUAAUAUGCUGAAAAAAAAUAUAGAGAACAUCUUAAAACGCUAUUUUUUAAUUUUGGAAAGCAUCUAGUUAUGACGUUUUGAAAUAACUACCUAUAUCAACUAAGCGUUACCUAAAUUGCUACCUUACCGCACAAUAAUAUAUUUUCUAAAGUAAUAUUUUAGCCUCAUUAAACCACCACAAUUACUUAAACUGCUACGCUGUACACAAAGAUUUCGAAUGAAAACAAUUCGAAUAGAUUCAAAGAUACAAGGAUAGUGAUGUAGACAUCGUAUUGGAUUUUCUAUCUUUGUCCCUACCUUAUCUUCCACGCAUUUAUGUCUUUUUCGUAGAGCAACUAUCUCUUAAUAUAAUACAAAGGUAUGAAUUUGUCAUUUUAAUAUUAACUAUUACUGUAUAAUCUUUCAGAUGAAGAUUCAGUGAUAGGUUGGAUAAUUGCCAACAUCACAAAUUAUAUUCUAGAUGCAUCAUAUCAUGAUUUAAAUGAUUAUUAUCAUAAACUUGCAACAAUUAAGUUUAUAUACUUAAUUGAUUACAUACACAAAUGUGACACUUUGAUUUUGUUGAACGUUUCUUAUUAAUCAUGUGCAAUUCUUUGUUAAAUAGGAGUAUUUAUGUGAAGUUGCAAACUAUCAUGGGUCAAUCACUCUUGGUGUUCUUGAUGUAAACGCUGUAAACGUUGUAUUGCAUAGUCCAUUCCUAUGCCUUUUGAUUGGGUGGCCCGGAUAUUAAGGUUUUUCCCCUCACGGGUUUUUUAUACCGGUGGUUUUGGGCUCCUUAAUGUUUAGUGUUUCUUUAAUAAUAUUUACCAAUUUUUUAAAAAAAUAUCAUGGGUCAAUCAGAAACAACUUUUUGUUAUCGCUAACAGGGUUAUGUUGCAUACAUCGGAUUCUCUCAAACCCCAGUGGAAGCCACCUUAUUAUGUCUGAGGUAAUGGAAUGUUGUCCUUACUUAACAUGCAUUUAUGAUGUGUUUGUCUUCCUGUGUAACUAUACAUCAGACAGUGGGAGCAAUACAAAGCAAUUUUCUUAGUAGCUCAUGCUUCCAAGCUGCAUCGUAUUCGAUUAUUGGUAGAGGGAAUAGGCUGGUUUGGUGUCAUUGCUUUACUAUGUACAGUAUGGUAUGUUUUUGUAUCACCUAGCUUCUGAGCUUCUGUAGUUAUGCUUGUUAUUAUAGGGGAAGAAUCCAUAUACUUCUAAUGUCAUAUCAUGAUCAACGUGAAACGAAAAUUUUAAAGCGCUCUUGUAAUCUGCAGUUUCUGGUCGACCUAAUGUGCUGAGAAUUGGAUUAAGGCUUUAGCAUUGUUGUCUUGUGAUCUGCAGGCGUAGAUUCUUCAGUUUUAAGAUGCGGUUGCAGCCCAGAAGGUUUCCUUGCAUAAGCUUGUAGGAGUUGCAAUGAUCUUCGACCAUUUCCAAUUGGAGUCCUUUGGUUGAUGCAUCUCUGCUAACUGUCAUAAUACAUGGUGUGAUUGAUGUCAGUAGUUGAUCUUCAGGUCUCCCAUGUAUUAUCCAUUUCCAUUUUCUCUGGUUCAGUCGCCUCUCAACAAAUUCACCGGCCUGAAAUGACAUCAAGGAAGUCACGAACAUUAAGAACGAGAAUCUAUUAUUAUCAAACCUUUUCGACAAAUGCAUAUUAGUCAUGUUUGAUGGUUAUUACACCUUGUUCAACAGAAACAAUGAUAUUGAUGAAGUUCUGCCUAUCACUUGAGCACUGCAACCCCCUGAUGACAACAAGGAAGUAUGUUCGGCUGACUCUUUUCUCCACACAUGCUUCUUCCAGGGCGGUUUGGUGCUUUUAUCAUACUCGUAAAGAUCUCCUGCCGAACUAUGGUAUCCAAAAUUCAUAUCAUGUCUUUCAUGAACGUUCUAUUAAGAAUAAUAGCUGGUGUGGAGGGAAUAGUACCAAUUACAAAGCAUAAUAGCCCUUAAGUUUAUAAAAGUGCAGGAACCAACUCAACCAAAAACUUAAGUUAAUGGUUAAGUGGUUAGACCCUAAGAUAGUUAAUACUCUAUCACAUCUCCUCACACGAGAGUCAUUUGGGGUAGAAGUGUAGAUACAACACAUACCCUUCUUAUACGUGACGCUAAAAUUUCCACUCAAAAUGAGGGCAUGUCGAGGAACCAACUUAACACAUAGUUUAAGUUUGAUAGAAUGUAUAACAUAUCCUGAGGCCUUAACUAAAAGCUUAAACUAAUGGUUGAAGCUCCACCGCUCCAAGUUAUGUUAUAUAAAUACUAACAUAAUGUGUAGGAAAAUCUAAUGGGACAUCUAUGAAUACAAAGGAGGAACACUUAAAGGAUCAAUAGUUUGUUUUGCACUUGUAUUAGUUCACCUGAGUGUGAAGAUAAGGUUUGGUUUGAGUGUCUCAACAUCAGCUAUUCCUGCAACAUCUGCCCCUGGGGGCUGUCCAUGAUUCACCCACCUGUUUGUUCACAAUGCAGAAAUGAGAACUUUUUUUAGUGACAGACUGACUUCUAACCAUCAGUUUCAAGUGAUUCCGAACGGAUCAUGGGCUAGAAAACAGUUAGAAAAACAGGCUGCAAACUUUGCUCAAAAAUUUGAAAAAAUCAGGCCAAGCGAAAUGUUCAGCCAAAAAAUGGCCCGAAAAAUCUCACAUGGGCAAUAUUAAUCGGCUUUAUAGAAGUUAAAGUGUGAUUCUAGAAUUUAGUCCAUGAAUUUAACUACCUUAUCAACAAUGUGAUGCAUCAUACCUGGGAGGUUCGACCCCAACAAGUUCAACUAGUGACCCAUUCUUUGUGCAGAAGUAAAUUCUCCUGGGGUAUGUGCAAAUUUUGUCAGUUUUCUGAUUAUGGAAAUUGUUUUUGAGCAUCUGGGUUAUAUAAUUAGCUUUCAUUAAAAAGCAAAAUGCAACUACUCACUCCCCAUCCUUUGUAACAACUCCAGACUUGAUCACACUUUCCUCUUUUUCAUUGUGGUCAACUCUAGCUUCAAACUUUGUCCAAAGUAGUUGUGAAUUUUCAAUCAGUUGCAUCUGUAACAGGAAACAAACCCUUUGAAUAUGAUGCAGAAUUUAGAACUAUCAUAUGUUAUUGUAAUUAGAGCGAUCUAGCCAUCUAGGUCUGAGCUUGCCUAGGCCAUGGCCCAGUCAUUUGACAUAGAGAAACACAUUUAGAGGUGGGUGUUCAGCCCACCCUAUACUAGUAUCCAGGAUUUGCCACCUUAUUAUCUAUAAUCAGCCACACUAAUUAAAAAAAGAAAAAAGAAAAUGCAGAACUUAAAAACAAUAAGAAUCAGAAACUUGGGUCUACCUAGGGCUUGACCCAGAUUAUAUGAUUAAAAACUCUAUUAAGAAUAAUUUGCGAAUUACAACCUUAAAAUUUAGCAUUUUUGUGAAUUACAGCCUUAAUGUUUAUUUUUUGCGAAUUACAGUCAACAAAGUAUUAAAGUUUACAAGUUCAGGCCAAAAACACAGAAUGCCGACCACUUAAUCCAAAAUUCCAACCACUAAAAUGGUCGGAAUUCUGUGUUUUGACCUGAAUCUGCAAACUUUGAUACUUUGGUGGCCAUAGAGUCUGUAAUUUGCAAAUGUGCUAAACUUUAAGGCUGUAAUUCGCAAAUUAUUCUAAUAUUAAAGAAAAUGACGGUUGAAUUGGGUCUAUACACAUGUAGAGAUGAGUGUUUUACCCACUCUAUAUCGGUAUUCUCCUUUGAUAGUUAUUCAUCUCAAAGAUACUACAAAUAUAUUGGGAUUGUUGCUAUACUUGACUUGGAUCAUCAAUACUUGGUUUUAUCUACAUUGGUUUUCUCAUUUCAUGUGCACAGAACAGAACUGUACCUGAUAAAGAUACCCAGAUUCUGAGAGGGCAAGAAUUGUCUGAUUAACAAAGAACACAGAUACAGCAGACUCUGCAUAUUCAGGCAAAUCAUGAGGAGCGAUCACCCAUUGCACUCCAUUCCAAAAUCUCUCGUAAAUCGAACCACUCUGACCAGUGAUCCAGAUGGAUGCAUCCGACAUUUUUGUCAAAGAAACGCGCUUCCUCAAAGGUAAAAGUCGUCUGUAAAUCUCCUUAUUCGCUUUUCGUGCAGUACUAUCUCCAUUUUUUACCCGAACAUUCUCUGUUCUAUUUGGUGCUUGACGGAUAGAACCCACUACAGUACAGUUACCAUUGUUGCAGGUAACUAGAUCAUAAGGCAGUUUAAUAAGUACCCAACUGUCUGAUUCCUCAUCAAACCGAAAAAAUCUAUCGAUUUUGUGUCUUGCCGGACUUGGGAUCGAUCCAAAAGCAGAAAAAUAAGUCAAUGAUAAGGUACUAAUCAAGAUUAUGGAUACUAAGUUUGCAUCUAACAUGAUGAAUAAGUUUAAUCAUUCAGAAAACUGUAGGGAAAUCCAGGAUUAUCCUACGGAUGGAAGGAUAUUUUCUGAUAAACAGACAGGAAUUUGAAUUGCUGUUGGUAUUGUGCUUGUUUUUGAGUGUGCUUGGGGGAGGGAGGGUGACCCAAAUGAUAUGGGGUCCCUAGAAGAAUUGGUCCAUGCUGAAAUUCUUUGAAAGCUUAUAUAUGUAAGUUUCAUGACUUUUUCAUUAUAAAGAUAGAAUCACAAUUUUUUUUGGGGGACCAUAAAAGAUAGUUUAAGGGUAGUCUAAGUGGGGUUGCUGAUUAUGAGAAAAGGGUUCUUAGAAAUCUAGCUACAUAGCUGAAUAAUUAUCAAAGUUUAUGGAAAGGAGUUGGUGGUUAAUAACUUAACGAAGAAGGUAAUCUGUCACGUCUUAUUAAGUUAAGAUAUCACAGACAGGGGAAUUUAGGUUUGGGCCUGCCUUGAUCACUCAUGACAUUUGAUUAAAAACUCCAUAGCAUACUUUAUAACACAAAAGAAUAGCAACGGAGUUGGUUCAACAUACAUGUAGAGAUGAGUGUUCAGUUCACCUUAUACUAGUAUUUUGAAUUCGUCUGUCAAUCAGAAAAAGUUUUUACCUUUUCGAAAUAGUAUGGAAUCGUAAAUGUUGUAAAUGAUGGCUUAUUAUGGAGGAUGUAGAGAAGAAAAGAAAGUAUGUGAAUGUGACAUUGCUUUUAGAGAACUUUUUGAGGGUCUAUUGCAGCCUCGUUUUUCUUACCUAAUGUAAUGACUUUCUAAGAGUAUUAGUACUUGAAAGUUAAUUAUUC